UUGUAAUGUAUAACUCACGAAUUGUCGAGUCGGCCAUUUGUAUCAGCCACAGCUGUGUUUUAAUAUAUUAACAUCGUGUUUUCUGUUCAUAGUUUAAUUGCGUUUAAUUUUAGUUAAUGCAUAAUAAAUAUAAACUUAUAAAAUGGUAGAAAAGGCAGAGAUAAAGCCGGAAUCUCUGCUGAAUCUUGAUGACCUUUUACAAUGUCCAGUAUGUUACGAAAUACCUUCAGGCCAAAUAUUUCAAUGCAACGAAGGACAUCAUGUUUGCGGCCGAUGCAAGAUGCGUCUGGACGUAUGCCCUGUAUGCCGGGCACUGUUCUUCGGCACACGCAACUAUGCAAUGGAAGAAUUAAUAGCUAAUUUUAGAAAACUACGUGCUUUUAAAUUAGGCAGUAAAGCCACUACAGGCUCAGGCUCUUCAGAAAGCAGCACACCAGCUAAAGAAACAACCUCAGGGGAGUGUGAAAAUGAAGUCAAUGAUGAUGAAGAAGGAAAUAAUCCUACUGUUACAAAUGAACCAGCUCAAAGACCACCACAAGCCUGCAAAGGUCUCUUUCGUUGUCUCUGUUGUAAAAAUGGCAAUGGAGAAAGAUUACCAAGUGCACGUUUACUUAAUCAUCUUCGUUAUUUUCAUGCUCCAGAUCUACUUGAGGGUCGGUCUGAAAAUGGAGAGUAUUUACAAGCAUGGCAAUUUUCAACUGUGCCUGGAAAGUUAGUGACAGCUGUCAGAGUGUCUGACAUGGGUAUAUUUUUUCUGACUAUAGAAAUAAGUAACAACGCAGUGUACGCGUGGUUAACGAUGGCCGCAUCCCCCUGGGUAGCUCACGCGUUUAAUUAUACUGUUACCAUUUGUGGUAAUGACCGUGAAGCUAUAUUUUCAGAUUGUGUAUGGUCAGUAAGAUCCUGUGAAGGUUCUUUGAAAAAGCGUGGAAACUGUUUAGUGGUCAAAGAAAUGGACGCAAGAGCACUAAUCGCGCCCGCCAUGAUCAGUGGCAAGCUGUCGGUGCGACGCACGCCGCCCGACCAGCUCGCCAACCAAUCGCAGCCGAGAGCCGUCUUAAGGAUCGCCAAUCGGAGCAACAAUCAGAACAACGCCAACAACUUGGAACCCUUUCUCCAAGACUUGCAGAACGACGUGGCGAGACUCUCCCGAGCGUUCGCCAUGCUCGGACAGGAGGCGAACGCUCUGGUUCGGUCGGAAGCCGAAAUACGAGCAAGAAUCGAAAACUCAUCGACGAUCAAUCAGAACUCAUCCGGAGGUCGAACGUCGGAAUCGUCUGAGCCCGAACCUCAGCCUACAGUUCAAAACGAUCAGAUAAUAAACGAGCAGUCCCUCUCGCGAAACGCGCGUAGACGCAUCCGGCAGCGUCUGAGGGCGGCCCUGAACGGGCCCAUCCCGCCCGUGCCGCCGCCGGGACCGCAGAGACACAACGGACCUAUGCCGCCGGUGCCGCCGCCGGGGCCACAGCGACGCAGCGGGACCAUGCCGCACGUGGCGCCACCCGCUUCGCAUAGACACAACGGCUACGCGUCCGACGACGCGUACGCGUACACCGUGGUGCUGCAGCCCACGCCGCCCGUGCCGCCGCCGUCCUCGUCCAGCGGCCCGUCGCAGCCGCAGGCCCCGCCCGCCAACGGCGCCCGAAACAAGAAAAAACGUCGCCAUCGCAGAUAAGCGAUUCUAGUUUUAAUACUUAUAAUAAGUACAUAUUUGAGAAUCAUUAUGUAAUGUUAUUCAUUACUCUAAUUUAGAGUCUCAGACGUUUCCUCUGGGGUUUCCUACUGUGCAUGAACUGUUUUAAUUGUAAAUAUUUUAGUCUUUUGACAUUGCAAUCUUUGCAAGUGCUGUGAUAAAUAAUGCAUACUGAGUUUUGUGCAGUAUGCAUGAGAUACUACUUAAUGUUUCAUUGUGCGAAAUGUCCCCAGAGUGAAUAUUUUGUGAUUUAGGAAGAUCAUAAUUAUAUUAAUGAAUUGUUAUAUUUCACGAAUGGUUAAUUACAAGAAUUGUAUUAUUUUAAUGACAUGAGGCAUCAUCAUCCUUAUUAGUAAAUAUUUUGACUAGUAGAUUAAUUAUUAUUAUUAUGAAUUUGCUUGUUUUUGGUCAUUAUAAUUGCAGAUUCGGAUGUAGAAUUAUACUCUGUUUAAUAAGGUGUUAAUCACUCGAUAACAAAUAGUUAUAAUUUUAAUAUAAGUAAUUA